UUUUGAAGAAAUUUACUUUAAACUUAUCCUUUAAACACGACCCCUUCAACCUAACGCAGUUAUUUGCAGCUAAAAAAGGAAACUAUCGUUUCAGUGGCUGUAUUGCCAGUUUCAACUUAAAUCAUGAAGCUUACGGAGAUUAUCACAUUAGACUACGCUUAUAAUGCGUUGGUACCCGUGAUGGAUGGUGUUAUACAGCCAUUUAUCAUUAGCAGGGAAUGUAGUGAUCGGUAUUAUAAGCUAAAGGAUGAAUUAGAGGAAUAUUUGAAAUCUCCUGAUAUAACUGAAGUAGAUAAAUUGUUGGAAGAGUUUUGGUUACUUGAUUUAGUCGAAGAUGGACGUAUCGAAAGGGAUUAUGCAUUAAAAGUUCUUUUACGUUUAGUGAAUUUUCACUUAUUACUCAAGAUAGAAAUGGAGACUAAUGAAACUCUUAAUCAAGUCAUAGAUUCAUUUAGAUGUAGUGGAAUUUUUAGGAAAUGGUUCCCAAACAAGACGAGAUUCAUAGUAAGUUAUUUUAACUUCACUAUAUCGUUAAGCCUUCAACUUCCAAAGAUGGAAUCAUCUAAACCAAUUCAAAAACGAAAAAAAGUUCAUUCCUUAAAUCAAAUAUUAAGAAGAUACCAAAAAAAAGAUACUUAUAGGUCCGAGAAUUUGCAUUGGCUGGGUGUUUUACCACUUAAUUUAGGUACCUUCUAUCCUAUUUAUGGUGAUAUUAAGGAUUUUGAAUUUGAUGAAUCUAGUCUAAAACUUGUUAAAGAACAAAUUUUAGAAAUUGAACUAAAGACUUAUUUUUAUCACAAUUCAUUGUAUCAUAAAGGAUCAGUUGCUUAUGCUAUUACUGAUAAAUUGACUUGCUGGAUCACUUCCUCAUUGUUAAGCACAAUUUACAAUGAAACUAUUUAUUCCACUCAAGAAUAUUCAUUUAAAAGGAUAAUGGAAAGAGGAGAGAAAAUAGUAGAACCAGAUAUAGUUCUUCAAUUUAAAGAUUUUGCAAUACCUAUAAAAGUGAGAUAUUCGAACAUUUUAGACUAUAUCAAUAAUUGCCGUCCUGAAAAGAUUUCAAUGAAUUCAUUUGGCUUUACUAAUAUAUUUGGUCAAUUACUAUGGGAUGCUAUCUCGACCAAGUGUCCUUAUGUGUUAUUAUCAAAUUAUUAUAAUACUUUCGUAAUAGAUUUAAGAAACCAUCACCUCAAUGACUUUAAUGAUCAAAACUAUUGUAAAAUUACAAACUUGAGAGGAGUCCAAUGUUCAAUCUAUAGUCUUGACGAAAAUAGUUCAAGUGUCUAUUCUUCAUCAUGCAAAUUAUUUAUGUUCUUAAAUGGUUGUUACAAUAGGAAAGAGUCUAUGGAAGAGGAAAUAUUGAAAUUCCAAGAGAAGACAUUGAUGAAAUCUGAAAUUAGAGAUCAUCUAACAAGAGAGUUCUAUGAUGCAAUGAAUAGAGUUGGAAAUAAUUCAAGUUUAUGGAUUCAAGAUCCACUUUUAGACGGUGAUGCCUCAUUCACAGAUCCUGAAAAGCUGACCAUGGUUAUCUAUUACAGUGACUCCGAAGAGACACACGUAGAAGAAAAAGAUGAAGAAGAUGAAUAAAAUGUUUCUGAUAUAAUUUGUAGUUUUAUAAAUUGAACGUAAAUCAAUGCUGCCUUUUUUUAAGUAAUUGCUCUUCUUACUAUUUCUACCCUCGG